AUGAUACUGGACGACAAGAGCGUUCACUUCCGUGCAUCAUCUGGCAGCCAGAUUGAGGUGAAGCUUUCGAUGAAGUUCACCAGCAGAGAGUUCAGUCUGAAGCGAAUGCCUUCACGGAAACAGUCGGGUGUCUUUGGAGUGAAGAUCAACGUAGUAACUAAGCGGGAACGCUCCAAGGUUCCCCUCAUUGUGAGGCAGUGUGUGGAGGAGAUUGAGCGACGAGGGAUGGACGAGGUGGGAAUCUACAGAGUGUCUGGCGUUGCAACUGACAUCCAGGCACUGAAGGCUGCCUUUGACUCAAACAACAGGGACGUGUCUGUCAUGAUGAGGGAGAUGGACGUAAACGCCAUUGCUGGAACACUGAAGCUGUAUUUCCGCGAGCUGCCAGAGCCUCUUUUCACUGAUGAGUUGUACCCCAACUUUGCAGGAGGCAUCGCUCUCUCUGACAGUGUGGCCAAAGAGAGCUGCAUGCUCAACCUGUUGCUGUCUCUACCAGAGCCCAAUCUGGUGACCUUCCUCUUCGUGCUGGACCACCUUAAAAGGGUGGCUGAAAAUGAAAGCAUCAACAAGAUGUCUCUGCACAAUCUGGCCACAGUUUUUGGUCCCACUUUGCUGCGGCCCUCUGAAAAAGACAGCAAAAUCUCAAACAGCUCGCAGCCAAUUUCCAUGAAUGACAGCUGGUCUCUAGAGGUCAUGGCUCAGGUACAGCUAAUGUCAGGAUAUUGGUGAGUGAGGCAGC